CUCGACCUGUCAAUCACGGCGUCAUGAGGGUGGAGUGCUACUUACGGGGUGGGGAGCAUUACUGACCCCAACCUAACAUCUGCCUUCAAAAUCGAGGCAAAAUUCCAUUAGCUAAAAUUUCAGAUCAUUUGUGUGGUUUUUAUCGAAGCGUAUUAUACAACCUACAUCAGUGAUUCCGCUUUUAAACUACAUAAACACCUCAAAUCACACUGCUAGCACUCCUGCGUCUUAUCGAGGGUAAGGGACACCUUGCUAAUGAAGUUACGGUGCGGACGCACACCUGUCGGACAGACAACUCGUACCCGGGGUGUUUGUACAUAGUUUAACGUUGGUAUGUGUAUACAGACUGGAUAUAACAGUGCCAUAAUAAGCUGAUCAACUUUACUCGUACAUAUCACGACUUUGGAAUAUUUCUUAAAUGAAAAAAAUGGUUCUACCAUCUUUGAAGGUGUUCAUAUUCUGCAUUUCCGUGUUUCGUCCCUUGAGUGGAGGUGUGGAGAUCCUGGCAGAUGACAAGCUUUGCAUUAACUCGGAUUAUUUUCACUGUGACGAGGAUAGCCAGGAAUGUAUUGACCAAUCACUGGUCUGCAACGGGGUCAGCGAAUGCAGUACUGGAAAGGACGAGUCUGUCGACGUGUGUGGUUGCCUGGAGGGAGAGUUCCAGUGUAACAAGACUGUGUGUAUUGACGUCAUCAGGCGCUGUGAUCGUCAUCGGGACUGUGACGACGGAAAGGACGAAGAGGAUUGUGAGACGUACACGUGCCCGACAACCCAUAAUAAGUGUACGAACAGUUUCUGCUACCCACAAGACGACCAUUGUAACUUUGAGAACGAUUGUGGAGACAACUCUGACGAAGUCGAUUGUGAUUUCCGAACCUGUUAUAGCCGGGAAUUCACGUGCAACAACUCCGAAUGUAUAGCCAUCGCCUACCUGUGUGACGGCAUACCGCACUGCAUUGACGGAAGUGACGAACAGCAUUGUGGGUCGUAUAAAACUUGUGGAGAUGGGAUCUACGUUGAGGACAAGUCCGUAUGUGACGGCUGGGUCGACUGUGACAACCAACACGACGAGACAGUAUGUGGUCCAUGCACACCGGAACAGCACAAGUGUGACAACGGGCGCUGCAUCUACAGAUCCAAUGUUUGCGACGGGAUGUGUGACUGUGGAGGGACAUGUGACGACGAAAAUGGAUGUUUGUCACAAGCCUGUCCCAUUGGUGAAACCUACAUGUGCAAGUUAAAUGGUGAAAGUCAGAGGUGUAUUCCGAAGGAAUAUCUGUGUAACGAAAACAACGACUGUCGAAAUACCAAAGAUGGAGCUGACGAAUACUUUUGUUGGAAUAUAACCAACCAAUGUGAGGACUUUCCAGAGAACAAGAGAUCUGGUAUAAAGAAGUUUUUCGCGUGUCCGGAGGGUCGAUGUCUCCCUGCUGAAGGUCACGACAACGUUGUGUGUAACUACUUCCCGGACUGUCUAAAUGGCGAAGACGAGCUGGGAUGUGAUCACCCAGCAUGCAGUCCUGACCAGUUCCGGUGUACUAGUGGACAGUGUAUUCCCCGGAAGCUACAAUGUGAUUCAUCCUUUGAUUGUUAUGAUAGAUCGGACGAGCUCGGCUGUGAGGUAUUCCCUUGCCUGCCCAGCCAUCGUCACUGCCGGAGUGGACAGUGCGUACCUAAGGCGAACUGGUGCAACUACUUCCGGGACUGUCCAGACGGGUCCGAUGAGGACAAUUGUGACAGACCGAUUCAGUGCCGGGAGGACGAGUUCCGGUGUAAGAAUGGACAGUGUAUUGACCGGGAGAUGGUCUGUUACAUGGGUCUGAACACCGAAAGACGAGGUUGUAUGGAUGGGUCUAACCUACACCGAGAUCUUUGCGAUAAUCACACAUGUGGUAUCGACCAGUUCAAAUGUUACCGGUCCUAUUGUAUAGACAAGGAGCAGCGGUGUAAUGAAAUCAUCGAGUGUAAAGAUUCCUUCGUGGACGAGGAUGGCUGUCCUUAUCGGUGUCCCUAUAAGACCGAGGAGUGUAUGUGUGAAGGUGAUGAGAUAGACUGCAGUAAUAUGGGGCUACAGGUGCUUCCAGCUGGACUGGUAUAUGAGAAGGCCCUUCGUCAGUUCAACCUCCGGGGAAAUUUCUUUAACCAGACUCUGAACAACAACACUUUUAAAGCAUACAGCAGUCUGAUUCACAUCGACUUGAGUAACAACUCCAUUAGUAAGCUUCCCACGGGCUGUUUCCUACACUUAUUCAGACUCAGUAUACUGAAUUUGGCGAGAAACAAAAUUCGUCUGAUUCGUAAUGGCACUUUUCUCGGACUGACAAGUUUAACGAGUUUGUACCUUGGUGACAACGUAAUUGAGGAGUUGCAACCGUACGCUUUUUCCGGGCUCUCGCACCUACAAACCUUGGACCUGAGUUAUCAACGAAUUGAAAGAAUUCAUCAGAGAGCAUUUGUUGGGCUUCACAAGCUGUAUACACUUAAUCUCGUCGGUAACCGCCUUGUCAUUAUAGAAGAUGGAGCUUUGAGUGGUCUACCAAACCUUCUGAGUCUAGACAUGCGAGAAAAUCCUCUUGAGAUUAUAGAAGAAAACGUGUUCCAUGGCCUUCUAAGACUCCAUACAUCGUACUUUGACGAGUUUCACUUCUGCUGUGUGGCGAAAUUUGUGGAUAAUUGCUUUCCUGAGGCAGAUGAGUUUUCCUCGUGUAAAGACCUUAUGUCCAAUUAUUUCCUGCGAAUUAGUAUAUGGAUUCUUGGAACUAUCGCAUUUCUUGGAAAUGGACUUGUGUUCUUCUGGAGAGUACGGGACUUCAGAGUCGGAAAGGUACAUUCUUUUCUGAUUAGCAACUUGGCCCUUGGGGACUUCUUCAUGGGAGUUUACUUGUUAAUAAUAGCCGUGGUGGAUAGCUAUUAUCGUGGUAGAUAUUCUAUAUACGACAAGUCAUGGCGACAAAGUGAUCUUUGUAUGUUUGCCGGAUUUAUUUCUACGUUUUCCAGCGAGCUUUCCGUCUUCACUCUAACCGUCAUCACUCUAGAUCGCCUCAUCUGCAUCCUGUUUCCGCUUAAGAUGAAGCGUCUUGGUUUGCGGGAAGCUUUGAUUGUGAUGCCAUGUCUGUGGCUCUUGGUUCUGGUGUUGUCUGCGGCACCUUUAAUGGGCUGGGAUUAUUUCUCAAACUUCUAUGGACGCUCAGCCGUGUGCCUGGCGUUACAUAUCACUCCAGAGAAACCAAGAGGAUGGGAAUAUUCUGUUUUUGUUUUCCUUGUUCUCAAUUUUAUUUCUUUUCUUGUUAUAUUUAUAUCGUAUUUAUGGAUGUUUAUGGUAGCUAAGAAAACAACUACCGCUGUUAGAAAAUCCAAAGCUAAAUCCGACCAUUCCAUGGCUAAGAGGAUGACUUUGAUAGUGAUGUCCGACUUCUGCUGCUGGGUACCCAUCAUAUUAUUGGGAUUUGCAUCGUUAGCAGAUGCCAGAGUUCCACCUCAGGUGUACGCGUGGAUCGCUGUGUUUGUCCUCCCAUUAAACUCAGCUAUUAAUCCGGUCCUGUACACAAUAUCUACAGCACCGUUCAUGAGAAACUUCCGAAAAAGGGCGUCCCGAUUUCGGAAAUCGUUCACGACAGGGUCGUUUCGAUCAUCUGAGACGAAACAUUCAUUUAUAGAUGACAGGUUCUCUAACACUUGGGGUCGAAAUUCCAUGUAUAGACAGAUGGAGUUGACAAGACUAAGAGGUCUCAAGAAGUCCUACACAUUAAACACGAACCAUAGCGCGUGCGUGCACGAGAAGUCUCCUGCGUCCUCAAGAAUGUAAUCAGUCCAUUUGGCAGCUAAUCAGGUGUACAGGUCUAAGUGUGACUAUUUUAUUGUUCGGUAAUGUCCAGUUGUUCUAAGUCAGCGUUCUGUGUUUCUGUUUCUGGUUCAAGAUGUUAUGUAUGUCAGUCUGUUAAUUUAAUUUUGUGUCGAAGGCCGUUUUAUUGUAAUUCAACUUUGCAGAACAUUAUGGAGACUAGAAACAUGCCAACAAGAUUAAACCUAUAUCUACGUCAUUUUGUCAUUUCCUAAAAUACUGUUUAGCACAAUAACAUACAUGUCAUAUCUAUGUUGUUGUGUUUUUGAAAAUAAACGUCUGAAUGUUUACAAAUUGUUAAAAUGUAACAUUAGCUUGCUUUUGAAGAUGUUCAAUACACAGAUUCUAAAUAUGUUGUUACUUUUUUUAUAAUUAAUUUUCCCGUAUAAAAAGCUUUCAAAAACGUUUAUUUGAAAUCAACGCAUACACAUUUUGGAACUACUUUCUCAAAACGUUUGUGUUUAAUAAUUUUAUGGUUGUGAAAUCAUAACCCUCCAAUGCGCAUGUCUGAACUUAACACAUUCCGGACCGUCCGAUUUCCUUUUUUUAUUUUCAUCUUGUUUAUCGAUUUUUCUUUCAGAAAAAAACACUAUAUUUCAAGUUAACCUUAGUGUACAUCAAUGCUUUUCUUAACUACAACUCCAAUCUUGAUAUCCUAUAUUGAAUCGACAAUUCUGACAAACUGAAAACAUUUGAUUAUGUGGUCAUAACAAACACUGUCUGGAUAGUCCCGGUGCUCCAACCUUACACCUAAGUAAACCAAUCAGCAGUUGUGUUUCCAAGUUGCUAACGAAAAUAUGAUUCUUAGGUUUGUAGCUAAAAAAUCCUACUGAAAAUAGGAUGCCGAAGGAAAACAGUUGAAAAAAGGCGGGAAUUACCUAGUUAGAGGGUUACUCCGUCCACUGAAAAUUCACAGGGUUACUGACUUUCGAGUACCCGUGUGCUCAUAGUUACCAUUAAACCUAUACCGUAACAUCAUUAUUCAUAGAGAUUUGAUAUAAAUUUUACAUCAUUUGAAAACCAAAUAGGCGAUUGAGAGGAUGGAGUCACUACACAUAGCAACAUAUUUAGUUGGUGGAGUCCUAUACCAAAUCGACAAUUUUAUCUGUUUCUGAUAUACAUACUUUAUUACAUUUAAUGUAUACGUACUGAAAACCUUACUUCAACUUAUUUUUUUAAUAAACAAUGCUACAAACUCUC